AUGCUCCACGUCUCAGAUCUGCCACCCGAGCUCCUCCUCAAGGUCUUCAGCCAGCUCGGCAGCGGGUCCAGCUACAGUGACCGCGAGCGACAACGUGACCUCGCCGGCGUCGCAAAGGUCUGCCGGCGCUUCUCUGAGCUGUCGAUCCCGCUCCUGUACGGCGAUACGAUCCAGGUCCGCUCAGCCGGCCGCCAGCACUGCCUCGCUCGCACCCUCGAGGCGGACCCGGCCCUCGCCGCCUCGGUUCACGACCUCGUCGUCGUCCCGACCGCCGACCAGGCGCACGCCCCGUCCGCCCUCGUCCUCCUGCGCUCGACGCCCAACCUCGCGUCCCUCACGCUCGGCGAGGCGCUCUUCAAUCAGCUCGAGGCGUCCCACAUGCGCGACGCGCUCGCGGCCAAAGCGCUCAAGCGCUUCUCGUUCGGCUUCAGCGCCGGCGAGUCAGAGACGACGAGCCUCGUCGACCUCGCGCCGCUCCUUGUGGGCUGGACGGUGCUCGAGCACCUCGAGCUGCAUGGCGUGCCGCCUGACCACCGGGUGCGCGGCGUCGCUACAGCGGCGCAGGGCCCGCCGGCAGCGUUGGUCGCUGUGGGCCCUUUGUACCGUCUGGCUCAUCUGGAGGUGCACGGCGUCGAGGGCUGGCACUCGCGCUCGUUCUGGUCCACGGCCGCCCUCGACUGGGUCCUCGGGCGCUCCCACGCGCUCACGUCGCUCGCGCUCGUCGACAUGACGUGCGGGUUCGCCCUCCCGGCCUUGUUCGACGAGCUCGUCAGCCGCGGCUGCGGCUCCACCCUGUCGCAUCUCGCCCUUCGCCGCAUACGCGUCGCCGCGCACAUCUCGCCCCGCCUGUUGGACCCGAACGACCUCGGGACGUGGUUCCCCUCUUUGACGCACCUGUCGUUCCAGGACGAGCCACGGACCCCCAUCUGCGCCGCGCCGAGUCCGGCGUUUCGACCCUCGUCGUCGCUGCGCGUCCUCGAGCUGCACGGUCGCUGGCCUAAGCACGACUUGAACCUCGUGCGCAUGCUCGAGGGCAACGUCGAGACGUCCGACGGCGGGCAGGCGGCGCUCGGCAAGCUCAAAGUCGUCGGACUGUCGCCAACGAACGCGGACGUCAAGGAACUCUCGGCGGCGUGUCGGCGACACGCGAUCGUCUUCGAGCUGGUCUGCAAGUUCUAG